AUGGCGCCAAAAUCCAUGACGAGUCUCAACGUGAUAAUCCCUCCGGGAAUGAAGCCAGGACAGGAAUUACAAGCCCAGAGUCCGGACGGCACGAUUGUACAGGCUAAGAUUCCUGCUGGAAUGAAGCCUGGGCAGACUUUCACUAUGCAGUAUACCCCCACGGUGGCCCCGACACCGCCGGAGCCGAAACUGCUGGGCGCACUGGGCAAAAUGUAUUCUGGUGGAGAUCUCCUCGUCCUUCUUGGCUUGGUCGCAGUCGGCUUCUCGCUGCCGUAUCUUUUCAGUCACGCCGGAUCGGUGCUGCCAAUUGUGGCUACGUAUGCCAUACCUGCAGCAAUAGCUUCCGUGGCCAUCGCCUACGACUGGACCAUGAAGGGACCAACUGUCGCGCUGAAGCAUGGGUUGGCAUCCGCGGCAGUGGCCUGGGUCAUGGUUGUCCCUCUGGGUCUGAUAACGCAUUCUUUGUUGCAUUACCUCUCGGCUCUUAUCAUAGCAGGCCUUGCAGUAUCAAUGGUCCUGACACUUCUCACGAUGUACGGAUUUAUUGGUUGCAUUGUGGGGGUGCUACUGGGAAUGGUCCUGGUUCAUUUCGGUAGCUUCAUGGUGUGGUUGAUCACUGAGCCAUUCGGCACAUCGAUUGUCUUCGCCGCGACGUUCUGGUGUGCCAGGAUGUUUUUCAGCUUGCUUUUGCAGCAUCACUUGGACCCAAAAUCUUGGCCUGACGUCAAAGAGGUGGAUAAGGACUCGGAGGAGUUCAAAACACAGAAAGAAUACUUCCUUUCAUCGUGUCAGCCCUGGUCGCACAAGUACGACUUCGAUCUGCAAGUCGCGAAAGUCUUUCGCAUCGACAAGCCCGUCGUGGCUUCAUCGCCGAGUGGCUCGCGGCCUGCUGGCGCGAGCCGCCGGCUCUUCCACGGCACUCCCUGGGAAGCCGCUAUGGGAAUUGCUUGCGACGGAUUCCGGCUCCCGAGCCACGCAGGCAUGUUCGGGAAGGGGAUCUAUUUUGCCGACUGCCCGCUGAAAUCCUGGCGGUACUGCUUCUCGAGCAAGCAGAUGGCCGAUUCGUUGCCAAGGAUUCUUGGCCGCGGUGGCUACAUUCUUAUGUGCUGGGUGGACCUUGGCACAAGACGAGAGGAGAAGGAAGCUAAGCCAGAGCUUAAAGGCUACAAUCGACGAGGUUGGAUGGCUUGGCUGACAGGUCAGCGUGGGGCUUAUGAUUCAGUAGUUGGAAUGACGGAAGAGGAGGGCGGUGCACUACGUGUCCCAGAGUAUAUCGUGUACGACACCUCCCAGGUUCGGUUGGCCUACCUCUUUGAAGUGUUCAAACAUGAGCGGGGUACCGCGCAGCAGUCGAACUCUAAUCAAGCUUAG